AUGAUAAAGUUGCUCAGCUUUUUAACUUAUAUUUUAUCACUUGAUUAUUGGAAAGAUAAAAAAAUUACGAUCCUGACGCAGUUUGUAUUUCUUUAUUCAAGAUUACAGGAGAUAAAAACUGUGCCAGAGGUUGCAAGAAGAUCAAUGAUAGAAUUACAAACACGUAACGGUAUAAUACGUGGUUACGAAUCAACCAUACUUGGCAAACGCGUUCGAUCAUUUCUUGGCGUUCCAUUUGCAGAAGCACCAAUUGGUGACAAUCGUUUUCGACCACCAAUACCAAAAAAACCUUGGAAGCAUAUUAUCGAUGCUACAGUUCUUUCACCUGCUUGCUAUCAGGGACGUGAUACUUAUAAUGAAACAUUUUGGGGUUCUGAAAUGUGGAAUGCUAACACACCGGUUAAAGAAGAUUGCUUGCGGUUAAAUAUUUGGGUACCAUCAAAUGCUUAUAACUUAACUACAAUGGUAUGGUUAUUUGGUGGUGGUUACUAUUCAGGUAGUCCAUCUCUAAUUUUAUAUGAUGGAAAAGCUCUAGCAGUAAGUGGUAAAGUUAUAGUUGUAAAUAUCAAUUAUCGUCUCGGUCCAUUUGGAUAUUUAUAUUUAGAUCAUGAAGAUGCUCCUGGUAAUAUGGGCAUGUUGGAUCAGCAGUUAGCAUUUCGAUGGAUUAAAGAUAAUAUUGUAUUGUUUGGUGGUAACCCAUCGCAAAUAACAUUGUUCGGGGAAUCAGCUGGUGCUGCUUCGAUCGUAGCGCAUUUAAUUGCACCUGGAAGUCGCGGUCUUUUCAUACGAGGAAUUCUUCAAUCAGGCAGUUUGGACAACAAAUGGUCAUUAGAUUCACCUCAACGAGCAAUGCAAAAAAGCCUUGCCUUGGCAAAGUAUCAUGGUUGUUCGAAAGAAAAGGUCAUUGAAAUCAUUCAGUGCCUGAAAACAGUAUCGGCAGAUAAGCUCAUCGAUGGUAUGUGGAAUAAUUUGGAAUUUUUGGAGUUUCCAUUUGUUAUUGUUUCAAAAGAUCGUAAUUUUUUUAAAGAAUAUGAUGCUUACAAAGCAUUGCGGUAUGGUAAUCAUAGCAUGGAUAUUGACUUAAUGAUUGGCAUUAAUCAUGAUGAAGGAAAUUACUGGAAUAUUUAUACUCUACCCAAAUAUUUUGACAAAGCAGAGCAACCUUUAUUGAGUCAAGAUGAUUUCUUAGACUGUAUCAAUACAGCUUUCAAAAUGCAGCCGAGAAUGGUUCGUGAAGCAGCUGCUUUUGUUUACAUGGAUCGGCAGUGUGUAAAUACCAUUCAUGCAAAUAAAUUUUACGCUGAACAGAUCAAUCAAAUGGUUGGCGAUUAUUUUUUUACUUGUGAUAGCAUAUGGCUUACUGACCACAUGAAAACAGCUAAUGGAAAAAUUUACGUUUAUUACUUUGAUCAACAAUCUAGUGCUAAUCCAUGGCCUUCUUGGGCUGGUGUAAUGCAUGGCUAUGAAAUUGAAUUUGUGUUUGGUGUACCACUAUACAAUUCGACAGCUGGCUACACAAAACUUGAGCAAAUUUUCAGUAAAAGAGUACUAAAAUAUUGGACUAAUUUUGCAAAAUAUGGUGAACCAAAUUAUCAAGAAAAUGAAAAUGAAACCUUUUGGCCAGAAUUUCGAGAAAGUCAACGGUGGAUGUAUCUGCAAGCGAAUUCCUCAAAAUAUUCUAUAGAAAGGCGUAAAAAAGAGGAAUGCGAAUUGUGGCGGAAUGUAAAAGAUAUCGAAUUUGCAAAAUAUUGUCAGUGA